AUGGCUCCAAAGCAGGACUUAGCGCUUGAUGUUUAUUUCAAAGACGUGGACCCUCGACUCUCAGAGGGAAUUACUUACUUAGCAGCCUCUAAAACGCUGCUAUGGGUCGAUAUUUUUAAGGGCGAGAUUCACCGCGUCACGGAUAUCGACAACCCUCGCGAGUCUCACAAGAAACUUUCAAUCAGCGCGAGAAACUACGACGGUGAGUAUACUUUCUCUAAGGAGUAUCCAGAACGUGUAGGUGUCGUUUUCCCAGUGGACGGUGCAGACAGUGCUGCCGAAGUUGAUGAAGUAUACUUUGCUGCCAAGUAUGGAAUUGGACGUGGCCGAUUUUCGACCAAUCAGUGGCAAUACGUGCUUCCGUUUUCAUUGUGCAAGGCAAUGGAGUAUAAGGAUCCAGUCAGAUUGAGAUCUAACGACGGGAACGUCGCACCCAACGGUGACAUUUACGUCGGACUCAUGACAGAUUUCCAUGUCGAUCUGAAUAAAUCCAACGAGGCCGAGGGUUGUGUCUUAUGCAUAAAUCUCAAACGUGGGACCGUAGACCUGGUUUGGGAUCACAUCUACAUUCCCAACAGUAUCAAUUGGAACCCGAGUCACGACACAUUGUACCUCACUGACUCCCUCAAUUUCAAAGUUUGGCAGAUGCCGUAUGUGAACGGCACAGCCCAACCGGAUCAUAAGCGGGUUUUUGUCGAUUUCGAAGAUCUGAAGGCUGAGUUUGAGUCUCCUGAACCUGACGGAAGCGUCGUUGACGUCAGAAAUGGCAAUUUCGUCACAGCCGUGUUCUCGACGCAUAAAAUUCAAGUCUAUAGCUCCUCUGCGCAGUUGUUACGUGAACUUUCGUUGACACACACACCGGCAAUCACUUGCUGCGUUUUUGGCCCCAACGGUGAUCUUUUCGUGACUACGGCGUCCGCGGAUGUUCAGGAGGGCAAAGAUCUGGGUCCCGGGGGAGGCCUUUUCCGUAUCCCAGCCAAAAUUCUAGGGUUUUCUGAGACUGGUGUUCAGUCUUCCAAGAGAGCUCCAGAGUUGUAA